GCGCGGGGGCGCGUCCGUCACAGGGCAGCCCCCGGCCCCGACCCGGAGGGAUGCGGAGUGGCGGCGGCGGCAGUGGCGGAGACUGUGGCUUUAAGAGCGCGCCCGGAGCCCGGGAGCCAGCCGGGCGGCCCUCUGCUGCUGCGCACCCCCGCGGAGCCGAGCCCCGCGCUGGCCGGACGGGGCACUUUGCUGCCGGGCUGCUGAGAACCAGCCCUAGACCUCUGCUUGAGGGUCCUUCCUCUGAAGACAUCACCAGUGUGUGGAGCGUGCCCCACACCCACCCCCUGCCAAACCACGGCCUUUACCUGUGUCUUCCGGUGUUUCCCGUGCGACCCAUCCUGUGGGAGUGCCUCGUGGGCCACUCCAGAGUUCACUCCACGCUCUACGGCGCCAAUGGUGAAGAUGACAAGAUCCAAGACUUUCCAGGCAUAUUUGCCUUCCUGCCACCGGACCUACAGCUGCAUUCACUGCAGAGCCCACUUGGCCAAUCAUGAUGAACUCAUUUCCAAGUCGUUCCAAGGAAGUCAAGGACGAGCAUACCUCUUUAACUCAGUAGUUAAUGUGGGCUGCGGGCCUGCAGAAGAGCGAGUGUUGCUAACAGGAUUGCAUGCAGUUGCAGACAUUUACUGUGAAAACUGCAAAACCACUCUGGGCUGGAAAUAUGAACAUGCCUUUGAAAGCAGCCAGAAAUAUAAAGAAGGCAAAUACAUCAUUGAGCUAGCACACAUGAUCAAGGACAAUGGCUGGGACUGAUUGGAGGGUAUCCACCUACCCCAGUGUCCACGUGAACGCCAUCCAACCAAACAUUCUACCCAAGCGUGAGAGAGUGACUGAACACUUGGUUCCAUCCAUUUAGGGGCCUUGCCAUCUGGGGCAUUCUCCCACCCUGAAGCCGUCUUUCUGGUGACCGGCCUCUAAAUCGCUGUCUCUCUGUCUCUUUGCUUUGUAUCUGUUUGUGAGUUGAUCCUGGCUUCUCUCUGUUCUAGUGUUGGCUGAAAACAAAACAACGAAAGGAACAGAUGCCUGACCGCAUGGGGCAGCCCACCUUGAUAAGGGCCCUGGGGCUCAUUAAGAGCUGCUUGAUGGCCUCUUGUCAGGAGAGCAGUGGCACAGCACAGGGGUGCAAGGAAGAAGGGAAUGGGGAGCCGUGAGGGUCCCAGGGCUGGUCAGGGGACGGGACGUUAGAGGUAGGAACAAAAUUGUGCUGCUCCUGGAGUCCUGGUAACUUAGGCUUGAAAUAAUCGACUUGUCUAAAAGGACAAAGAAAAAAAAUACCUCAUGACUGCAUUCUCUCUGAUCAGAAGCUCUGUUCCUGAACCAGCUGUGUCCAGUUAGCAUGUGAGCACAAGAAUGCGCCCUAACUAGUGGGACAGGGGCCUGGUCCUCCUGGGUCCAGCUGGGGGUGUCCUGGCAGCAGAGAGUGCAAAGCCCAGAUGGUUUUGAUAACUCUGAUGCCUCAGUGCCCCUUCAGGUAAUCUUCUUUGCCUCUUCAGCCACUGUUGGUGAGAGGAUGGGAGACUGCCUUUUGCAAUGGGUGCAAGAUCCAAACAUCCCAAAGGCUUUGACCACCAACCAAGUAAAAUCAGUAAUUGAGGAGAACAGGGAACAAAGGGGGCUGUAGUUUGGGAGCUCCUACAGAAAUGGCUCAGAUAUUGGGCCAGAAAAAAAAAAAAAGUAGAACCAGCUAGCAGUUCUGUCUGACCUUUUUUUCCUGACCCUUAAUAAGAGAAGAGCAUUGUGGCAAGGAAGGGGGUGGGGUGGGGAAAUGCUGGGAAUAGUUUAGAUUUGAGCCAUUACAGGUUAGUGUAUAUUUCCACUUUGGUAUGCAAUGGCUUCAGUGAGAUCAGCAAUUCUUUGUACAUAGAGUUUUGGUUGUUUUUCUCCAGUUCUAUCAUUGUAGAUUGUGGAAAACAAAGUCCCAAGGCUUUGAGCUUAGUGAUAACCCAGCCAGUAGAUUCCUCAUGCCCCUAGCUAUUCUCCUUGGACUUGAAUGCUUUGUGUGGAGAGAAAUUGUCAGAGUGGUCCAGCAGUGGGGAGGGCUUAGAUAUGAUGUCAAACAUCAAGUUAUAAAUUCUGAUAUUAGCCCCCGCCUCCCAUCUCCCAAACCAAAGUUGAUUAUAUUAGGGAAGUGGGGAACAAAUCCCUAUAAGGCUCAUGAGAGAAAGGAGUUUGUUAUAGUUAACCAACACUAUGAAGUGUUUUCUACAACACUUCAGCCAGUACAUGGUGCAUGACCGAAACUCAUUUAACUGAGUUAAUUUUAUUGCUUAGACUGAAAAUGUAAUUAUUGUUAAGAUAUGUGCAGGUUAUGUUAGAGUAUCUCAUUCUUGAAAGGGGGCUGAUCCUAUAGAAAAAAUUCACCUAAAAAGUCACAAAAAGAAUGAGUUCAUAGAGGCAAGAAUCUAUAAAAUUGAAUAAUCAAGAUUCAAGCAGCCAACCCAGAACAUUUCCAGAAUUCAAACAAAUUCCUCUAGGGAGUGAUCCAUGGUGGAAAUGCUUUUUUCUGUCUCUGUGUGCUGAUUGCAGAAGGGGGACCUGAGGUAGGCGUGGUCAUGCCCUGGAGGUAGUGAACUGUGGGACUGACAGGAAACCAGGUGGCUCCAGGUUUAGCUGUAGACCAUCUCUGUAAGACAAUUAAAAAAAAAAAAAAAAAGGAUUCUUAGAAAUUGAAUCUUGUUCCCAAAGGCUUUUAGUCCACAUCUUUCAGUAUUUUAGUAUCCUGGGGAGGUUAAGUUUUCCCCACAUUGCUAAAAAGCAGAAUGAAGUUCAGAAGGAGUAUUUCAUUUCCACUCCCAGAGGAAAAGGUCUUCUGGCUCCCAGGGCCAAGAUCUCAAUAAAAACCAUUUUCUACUUUCACAUUCCUAAGCUGGCUUGCCAGCACAAAAGUUAUAGAUCCCUCUUUCUGUCUCCCUUGAAGGUAGUGGCCUUCAUUUAUGGAUUUUGAUAAGCCCCUUUGCUUGGGGAAAGUCCUGACUAUUGAUACUCCUUUUCAUAGAAAGAAAAUGGGGGUUAAACAUGGGUAGGUGUUUUGUCUGUGAAACUAAAAAUGGAGUGUGGUGAUAUAGAAACCAGACAUGGGGUGCCCUAGAAUUUUCAACAGGGAGAAGAGACCCAUGUGCCACUGUUGCUCCUUGGGGAUGAGGCCUCUGACUGUUGCAUGGAUCAGAGCAGGCUUCAGUUAGACCCAGGUUCUGGUCUUUCUUUCCUUCUUUCUUUCUUUUUCUUUCUUUCUUUUAGCUAUUACCCAUUGAGCAUCCAGUGGGUGCAUGGCGCCGUACUUGGUGAGAAAGAUCUGAGUAGAAUGUUGGUUUUUCUGUAACUACAGGGGAAAAAAACACAACUCAUUAGGCUAUCCCUUUGUGUCAAUGAAACCAAAAGUGCUUCUUAUAACUUUAUCUCCAUUCAUGGCUUGUCUACCUAAUGUCUAGCAGUAUUGGAGAGACCGCAGCUGAGUGAUGGGGACACAUCAACUCAUGGCCUCAGUCAGUUCAUUCUUUAAUUUCCUCACCAAAUUAUUGACUCAGAGCAUAACCAAAGACCUCAUCCAUUCACCCCUGGCAGGUUCAGGGAAUUGGAGUUUGAUGGUAAAGCCUAGGCAGGGUGCAGGGAGUAGCAGGGCAGGGAGAGGGAGGAGUGAGAAAGGAAAGGCAUGAAGUUCUAUACCUCAGCCAGCAGCUGCCUUCAUUUGCAACUGAAAUCUAGCCAGCAGACCCUCUAGUUCCAUCUCCCCUAUGCUGCCCUAGGUCAUGUGGCAUUGGCAGCCCUGGGUUACACCCAAACCCCCAGGAUGUUAGUCUCAGGCUGCUGAUGGGUUGAUUUGAUAUGAAUCAAAUACAGCCAAACUUGAUGGCCACAGAUUGUCAGCUGGGCCUGACUGAGUGCUGCCCCAACUCCUAUGACAGCAAGAUCAUGGAGAUAGGAUAGAGUAAAUCUUUACUGGUGGGUCAUUGUGUGAAAAAGAGGUGUCCCCUUUAUAAAAAGAUUUUCAAGUGGAUAUAUAUAUUUAAAAAGUUGCUUGUGAAAUAUACUUUUGUAAAUAAUAUUUAAUUUUUUAAAUAAUAUAUUUGGUGCUGUUUUCUCAGAUCCCCUGAGAGCACUUUUUAUUUUCAUUUUUAAAUUCUAUGGUUUCCUCUGCAUUUCUUGAAGUAUAUUUUAAGGGAAAUAGUGAUCAUCAAUAUACUCUUUUUAAAAAAAGAUCUGUAUCACGUUAGUUUGGACUGAGGCAGUAAAGCAAUGCCUCUCUGCAUUUCUUUCCCGAAGGAACAGACUCUGCGCUACAUUACCAGGUUGAGAAUUGAAAUAUUUUCUUGUACCAAUAUUGGCUAGAAAAGAAAAUAAAUAAAAUCAAAUUUAGUAACAACUUAGUGAUUCCUUUUGUUAGAAGAAUUUCCAACAAAUUGGGAUCUUGUUUUUAAUGUGUGUGUGUGUGUGCGCACACACGCGCACACUCACGCACACAUGUGUAAAAAGCACUUUGGAUUGUGCCUCCUGUUUUUUUUCUUUCUUUUUUUUUUUUUUUUUAAUUGGGGACACUAUAUCUACAGUUUACACCUUCGGCACAUAAGACUUUUCUUCUCUUUCUCUCUGGUGGUUUUGUUUCUGAGUGGACCAACAGUGCAAACCAUGAGGAUUUUGUUUUUCUGAGCAUGGAGCUAUUGCCAGUUUGCUCCUCUUUCGUUGUGUGCUCAACUUUCACAGAUUGUAAAGGAAAUCUGUUGUUUUGUGAAGAUCAGAGUCAAAUCUGUAUUUCUGAGAUGUGAGUGUACUCCUUAUGUACCGUAGGGUUCCCUUUGUUGUAAAAGCCACCUCAUUAACUGGUUUGGGUUAAAAGAACAUCAGUAAAAUCAUACACGAUACCUUGUAGGUAAACAGCUUAUUUUAUUUCAAGAUCAGAUUGCCUCAGGUUCAGGAAGAGGCUAGGAAAUCUUAAACCCAAUCAACUUAUAUAUUUUAAGAAAGAGUCUGACUCUUAACAGAAAACGUACUAGUGGUCAAGGUGGAGGAAAGAGAUGUUUAAUCUUUUUAAGCAAAAUACAGUCAUGAAAUCUGCCAGCAGUGAAAGGUAAAGCCAAGAAGAAACAAGCUAUAAUCAUCACCAAAUUGGAUCUGCCUAUAUGUUUUUAUAUAACAUUUUGGUGAAAGUGAGAGUCGGUUCCCUUUUCCAACCUGCAGAGACGAUCUUUCGAUAGAAUAGAAUCUGUCUAUUUAUGCUUGUGUUUACAAACUGUAUUUGUUGGGUUUGGGUUUUGUUAUUAUCUUUAUCUUUUUUUUUUUUUUUUUUGGUGGCAUUUUUCAGGUCACUUUGCUUCAAUAACAAAGAUAAUUAUUUUCAAAUAAUUUGUCCUCACUUUUUCCUGUAUUUGUACAUAGUUAUUCAGUAUUAGAGAAAAGUGCAUUGUUUCUGUCAUAUUUCAAUCUGUGUUGGUGCUCAUUUGAGAAAAUAAAGUUUUCAAAUAUU